AAACAAAAGAGGAAGCGUGAUAUUUAAAGGGAAAGCUGAGCUGGAUCAGUAGGUUAAAAAUGUUGCUACAUAAUUUUGUAAACACAGUGAAAAGUAAAGGAAUUCGUUAACAAGCAGGUCGGUAUUAUUUAAGAAGAAGCGUUACGAGUUUGGUAUCUGAUGAAUGAAGUCAGGUAAAGAAACCUGUAUGAAGUAAACAAAGGGCUAAUGGCAAGUGUGGAUGUAUGAAAAGUGUGAAAGAAAAAAAUCUGCAUGCAGAAAUUUUUCAUCAGCUUCAUCUUACAAAGAUUCUACCGUGCUCCUUUAAGAGACCUGCACAGAAUCCACCUUACUUCAGGAUCUGCACGCACCUACCAUUUUUGCUUGUAUUCCCAAAUACUGCCUCAGCACUCCCAAACUGGUUUUUGCAAGCCCUGGAUCAGCUCUGAGUGGAGCGAAGCAUCUCGGACAUUCAGUGUCUCCGCCUGUUGCCUUACCCGUGUGAUUUGGCCCAAGAGUGCCAGUGUACCAGCAAGCAUGGCUGAGCAGAGGUACUGCGUGGAAUAUGCCAAGCGCGGAACUGCCGGCUGCAAGAAGUGCAAGGACAAAAUAAUGAAAGGGUUGGUCCGCAUUGGCAAGAUCGUGCCCAACCCCUUCAGUGAGUCCGCCGGGGAGAUGAAGGAAUGGUAUCAUGUGAAAUGCAUCUUCGAGAAGCUGGAACGCUCUCGGCCUACGACAAAGAAGAUCGAAGAUAUGACAGACCUGGAGGGCUGGGAGGAACUGCAGGACGAGGACAAAGAGCUCAUCAACAAGCACAUUGCAGAUUUGGCUAGCAAAACGAAUGCAAGCCCAAAGAAGAAAGUACAAGCCAAGCUGAACAACAGUGGACAGUUUGCAGCACCUCUGGCUGACCCUUCCAUCAAUGCCCCCAGGAAGUUUUCGGGUUUCACUGCGACUAAGGCGGGCACAUCAACCAGCCCUGGUCCCUCCCCGGCCAAAGCUAAUCAAGGCAGCAAGCUGUCAACCGAGCUGUCUGACCCCAGCCACAAGGACUGCCUUUUGCGUGAAUUCCGCAAGCUGUGCGCUAUGGUAGCGGAGAAGAACAGCUACAAUGUGAAAACUCAGAUCAUCAAGGACUUCCUAAGGAAAGGGACUAGUGGAGAUAAAUUCAGGGGAGACCUGUAUCUGACGGUGAAGUUGCUUCUCCCCGGUGUGAUCAAGAGUGUGUACAACUUAAAUGACAAGCAGAUUGUCAAGCUGUUCAGUCGUGUCUUCAACUGUAACCAGGAAGAGAUGGUGCAAGAUCUAGAAAAGGGCGACGUGUCGGAGACUGUGCGGAUCUUUUUUGAAGAGAGCAAGUCCUUCCCGCCUGCCCCUAAAAGUCUUCUGACUAUCCAAGAGGUGGAUGCCUCACUGACACGCCUAGCCCAGCUCACCAAAGAGGAUGAGCAGCAGAAGGAACUGGAAGACAUUGCUAAAAAAUGUACUGGGAACGACCUGAAAUGCAUCAUAAGACUCAUUAAGCAUGAUUUGAAAAUGAACUCUGGAGCCAAGCAUGUGCUGGAUGCCGUCGACCCCAACGCCUAUGAUGCCUUCAAAGCCUCCCGUAACCUUGGAGACGUCAUCGACCGAGUGCUGAAAAAUCAACAGGAGUCAUCCACUGGCUCGGGCCCCAGGAAGAUCCUGAGCGUGGAGGCCUCUCUCAUGACUCCCGUGCAGCCCAUGCUGGCAGAGGCGUGUAAAUCGAUCGAGCAUGCAAUGAAGAAGUGCCCUAAUGGCAUGUACUCCGAGAUCAAAUACGACGGGGAGAGAGUUCAGGUCCACAAAAAUGGAGACCACUUCAGUUACUUUAGCCGCAGUCUCAAACCUGUCCUGCCACACAAGGUGGCCCAUUUUAAAGAAUUCAUCCCCCAGGCUUUUCCUGGGGGCCAUAGUAUGAUUUUGGAUGCUGAGGUGCUUCUGAUUGACACCAACACCAGUAAACCCUUGCCUUUUGGAACCCUGGGUGUGCACAAGAAAGCAGCCUUCCAGGAUGCCAAAGUGUGCUUAUUUGUGUUCGAUUGCAUUUAUUUCAAUGGCAUAAGCCUAAUGGACAAACCACUUUGUGAAAGAAGGAAGUUCCUCCACGAUAACAUGGUAGAAGUUCCCAACAGAAUACUGUUCUCUGAAAUGAAACACGUCACUAAAGCAGCAGAUCUAGCUGAGAUGAUCACACGGGUCAUCAGAGAGGGUCUUGAGGGGUUGGUGUUGAAGGACAUAAAGGGUCUCUAUGAGCCUGGAAAGAGACAUUGGCUGAAAGUAAAGAAGGACUAUCUGAAUGAAGGUGCCAUGGCUGAUACUGCAGACCUUGUGGUUUUGGGCGCUUUCUAUGGAAAAGGCUCAAAUGGAGGGAUCAUGUCCAGCUUCUUAAUGGGUUGUUAUGAUCCUGAGUCAAAGAAGUGGUGCACGGUGACCAAGUGCUCUGGAGGGUAUGAUGACGCAACCCUGGCCAGGCUGCAGAAAGAGCUGGAUGUCAUCAAGAUCAGCAAGGAUCCAAGCAAAAUCCCAAGCUGGCUGAAAAUAGUCAAGAACUAUCAUCCAGAUUUCCUUAUCCGGGAUCCUGAAAAAGCUCCGGUCUGGGAGAUCACAGGAGCCGAGUUCUCAAAGUCCGAGAUGCACACGGCUGACGGCAUCUCCAUCCGCUUCCCCCGCUGCACCCGCAUCCGGGACGACAAAGACUGGAAGAGCGCCACCAACCUUCCUCAGCUAAAAGAACUGUAUAGAAUUUCCAAGGAAAAUAGUGAUUUUGAGGUGACAGCAGGACCAUCAAAGGGUAAUGGCGACAAGGGCUCCUCAGGGGGAGACAGUGGUGAGAACUCUCCGUCACCCUCAUCCCACGAAGCUGCCACCUCCAGAAAGGCUGGGAACAGCAGUACACCUAAAGCAAAACAAGUGAAACCCGAAACGCCUCCUCCCGUGGCAGCGGCCAAGAGGAAAAUGCCUGAAGGGGAGCGUGUUGGGAAAAAGCUAAAAAAAACUGAAACCGUACACAGCAACGGACAAAGCCAGUCAGUGAAGACCACUCCUUUGCAAUUGUCAGGACCUACGAAAGAAAAGACCUUACUUGACAUCUUCACUGGAGUGAAGCUUUUCAUGCCCGAUUCAGUGGAGGACUAUGAGAAACUCCGGCGGUACUUUGUGGCCUACGACGGGGACCUGGUGCCGGAUUACGACGCCUCUUCAGCCACACACACCCUCGUGGAGCCCGAGGGAGACGGUGCAGCCCAGAAAGUCAGUGCUGGCUGGAUCUGGGAAUGCAUUCGGAAACGCAGGGUGGUGCCAUCCUGUUGAGCGCAUUUCUUUUGCAGCUAGAUCAGGGAAAUGCAUGCAGUUGAUUUUUAUCCCCCACCCCCCCUUUAAAUAAUUAUGCAAUUCACACGCCAAUCAGGUUGGUUUCACACUAAAUGGUCCAUGUGGGUUGUCUCACCCAGACAGGUAUAAACCAUAUUUGUGACAUUUUAGCUCUUGUGAGGCAUAAAACAGCCAUAGUUUCUUGCGUGACAUACAGCUGGAUCAUAUUUGUUUUUUAUUUUUUUCUUUGUUGCAUUUUUAAAAAAGUACAUCAGCACACUACCAAUUUCAUUUUCUUUAUAUGUAUGUAUUUACAUAUUUUUUUUUCCCCUAAGCCAAAUAGCUAAAGGAUGUACUUUUCUUUUGUAUUCAACCAUUUCCAUGGUGAACCAGCCCAUUUUAUGAUUUUUGUUUUUUUUAAUAUAUGUUCUAUUUUGCUGGUUAUACUGAGCAGAGAAAUAAUGUGAAGUGAGGUAAUAGCAGGGAUGGGUGUGGCUUGGUAGCUUUUUAUUCAAGUACUGAUGGAACAGCUUUUCAAAAAUGAACUGUUGAAAUAAGAGCUCCAGCUUUUUAAACGAAUGCAGGAAGUCCUCCCGGUGCUUUUUAUACAGCGCUCACUUUCACUUGGGACAUAAAAGAAACAAACAUAUUGACUUAAAGGUGAAACGAGUCAAUAAAGAAGUUUAGAAUUUAA